AUGGAAGGAUCGUCAGACAUUAGCACCGAGCCAGGAGCUGGCGGAGGUGCAGGCCAAGAAAAUGAUCCCAUCAUGGAUCAAAUACAUGGUCAACCAGACGACGAACGCGGACUCACUUUUGAGCAACGUGUGGCUCUACGAAUGGCCAAGGAGCGGGAGGCCCAUAAGAGACAGCAACAGCGAAAACUAGAAGCUGACGAACAGUGUGCUAGGAAGGAGCCCACCGACAGUAUCAAGCUCGUAGGCCUUACCUCUGCUGUACAAGAGUGGGCUAGGGCCUUAAUGGGUCUUCCUCGACAAGCCAGCCAUCGUACCUCUCCUAAGAUCACUGCUGCUGUUCUACUCCAACGUCACCUGCCUCCUGAACCAACUGCUGAAGAGGUCGAACACUGGGCCGAAUAUGCUUCAAAACGGACUCAAUAUUUAGAAGUUAAUAUUCAGCAGAAGAUGGAUGUGGCCUUUGCGAGGAACCCAUCAGCAAAUGAGGCUGUCAAGCAUCAGAUGCGAAUUAAAAUAUCAAAGGAAGCUGUUCUAAUGUUCAGCAAAACCAAUCCACCACCCAAAUUUUCCUCUCGAGUAGCCCACGCUACUGCCUCAGUCACCACUUACGAUGCAACCCGCUUAUCAAAUGCUGAAGUAAAGUUCCGCCAAAGUGGCUUUUCGUCUAUCACCUUCCAAUGGACCAGCCCCACUACAACUCCUUGGAACAUGGCUAUGUUGGACACCUUAGUUACCAGCUGGUUGGAUGUUUAUAAUGCUCGAGCCGUACCGGCUGGAUUUCCAAUCGACACUAGUAUUGAUGUUCCCCUUGAAACAAGGGAUAUCCUCUUUCGCUGGAUUACCAACAAGCGCAGAGUCUUUCAAGAUGAAGAGAAGGAAAAGAAGCUGGUGUCUACACCUGGAGGAAGUGACAAACUGGUUAAGAAGAAACUUACUGAGAGGGAGAAAGUAGCUUUGAAAGGCAUCAGGAAAAAGCUUUGUGAAAAGAGGGCAGCAGCGGUUGAGCCCUACUUGCGUCACUUUGCUGGGCCAAUAAAAGUCCUCCUCAACUCUCAAGAGGUUCAUUCUGAGACCGAAAUGGAUCCAGAGAAGCCUGGCAAGUUGAGGAAGAUCAAGCUCAACUGGCGGACACCUCAGCUUGAUGAAUUGAUUCAACUGGCCAAUGCUGCAGCUCCCCAAAGGGAGGGCACCAAAAAACAAAAAGACAAGUUGAUUGAAUUUUUCCAGUCUAGAGGAGGAUAUUCACCUAAUGUUCCUGAACCUGAAGAUCAACUUCCUCCUAAGACACUUCCCAGAUGCCUCAUCAAGCCAGAGAUAUUGACUGAAGGGAUUGAUGAGAUAACCAUAGAUAGUUUGGGGUUGUCAGACACUCCAGUUGAUCUCCAAACUGCUAUUGAGCUUUUGAGACAGAAGCUGGGAAAAGGCAACACAAUGACCAUUUCUUCCUGA